AUGGCAAGGCUGGCAGCAACCACACCUGUUAGAAGGAACAGGAGGAGCAGUAGUAGCAGCGGAAGCAGCAGCAGUAGCAGUGAGGAAUGUGGAGGAGGAGGAGGAGGAGAAGGCGGUGGAUGUGGGCCUGGUUUUGCUUUAGAAGGCUUGAGUGGUGGUAAUGGAGAUGGAGAUGGUGCAGGUGGCGACGGUGGUGAUGGUGAUGGUGCUGGCGGCGGCGAUGGUGGCGAUGGUGUUGGUGGCGAUGGUGAUGGUGCUGAUGGCGGUGAUGGUGGCGCUGGCGCUGGUGGUGAUGGCAAUGGGGCUGAUGGCGACGGUAAUGGUGCUGGUGGUGGCGAUGGCGGAGAUGGUGGUGAUGGUGUUGAUGGUGGUGAAGGUGAUGCAGCUGCCGGAGCUGCUGGUGGCGGUGGUGGUGGUGGUGUUGAAAGAGACUGA